UAAUUGAUUCAAUUGCUUUAUUUGUAAUUAUAAUAAAUUUAAAUUGAAGACUUGUUUCUACGAUUUUUCAAAUUGAAAGAUUUACCAUAUAAAUGAUGUGCCGUAAGUACCUAUAUCACAAUCAUAAUUAAUAUUAAUUCCAAGUGCCAAAAUAUCGUUGUUUUUAUUAUGAUGAUCAUCAAUAUAAAUAUUUAAAUUACUUAACCUAUUAAUUUGUGUUAUCAUACAAAGGAUACCUAUUCUGUGGCGGUGCGAAGUAUUAUUACUUUCACUUGCCAAUUUCAUUUUCUACCCACUCGUCUAUAAAAUAUUCCCACCCUACCAUACAUUGUCUGUUAACUAUCAGGAGUUUAACACUAAUUUCCACAGGUUUUGAAAAUUUCAAACGUUCAACAGUCUAAUACACAUUGCACAAUUUUUUCAUCUAUGUAAUAUGCAUACACACUGAUGUAUUUUCAGAACACUAUCCUAUACAUUUUGUUUGCUUAUUGUACUAAAAUAAAUACAAAGUGUUAAGUAUAUUUUAUUUCGUAAAACCUUAAUAGUUUCACCAUAAUAUUUCUAAAAAACCAAGCCUCUACAACCAGUCUUCUCUCCCAUUUUUCUAUGAACUACAUGGUUCAAAUGUAUCAUUUUGUGCCACCAUAGGUAUAAUUAAUUAUCUUGAGUAAUGUUUUAACAUAAUUAAUUUAAAGUUAAUAUAUUCAGGUUAUUGGGAUACCUAUUGCUCCAUAAUAAGAAUUACGUGCUUCGAUAGUUUGACCUUUUCAUAAAUAAUGGAUUCAUAAAUUAUUUAUUUUCUCAACACAUCCAAAAUUUAUGUUGCAUUUUAAUCAAACAUGGAUCAUUCAUAUUAUCCUUACAUUUAUUAUAAUGCAGAAAAGAAAUGUAAAACAGCCAACAUAGUUGGAAUCUCGGAAAGAGGUAUAGGUAUCCUAUAUGUUAUAGGUACACAGUGGGAAUUUAUGUAAAAUGAUAAUUUUCAAUGUUGACGAUAACUUUUGAAAAUGAACGGUUUAAAAAAAAAUUGGUAGGUAUGUAUAAAUUAUUUCUAUUAGCUUUAUUUUUUAAAUUAAUUGGUGGUUUUCUUAUUAUUUUAAGGUUUAUAAUUAUUAAAUUGCAUACAAGAUGAAUGUUUUUACUUUUUACAAAUUCAACAGCAUCCAUCACAUUGUUUUUGAAAUCUGGACAUUAGCAGAUUUACUUAGCUCUGAGUGGUUGUUUUCAAUUUUGUGAAUUGUGUAUCAAACAACAUUUUUCGUGUAAGACAUAAGUACCUAACUGUUCUGAUCUUUUUAUGGAAUCAUAUUAUUAAUUUAUUUUUUUACAGUGAGAUGGUUAAGGUGAUGAAUUUCUAUCUUUAGCGAUUCAAGUUAAGCUGAUAUCAUGUAAUGAAUUUUCUGUUCUAUCUGAAGAAAAAGUAAAGAGAGUAAAAAUAUUAAUUGUUCAAUUAAAUAUGUUUAAAUUAUUAAUGUUUUUUUUUAAAAUUAAACUGCUUAAAAGCUUUCAUUAUAACAAUCAAAGAUCUUUAACAAUACAUUUAAAAGGUGUACAUGAAUACUGAUGGUGUAUGUAUAUAAAAAAAAACAUGCAAGGAGUCUUACUCUCAGUGGAGUGUCCUCCCCUCCUUAAGUUAGUCUAAGAACUUAAAUAAUUUUUUAUUUAUUUAUUUUAAUAUCAAUGUUUAUUAGAUACUUGAAUGUGUUUGUUGGAUGAGUCGUGUACUAAAAGUUCUAGAGAGGGCUGUUUUUCUAAAUUGUUUGACCAUAUACCAUUAGCAUUCAAAGAAUAUUGACUGAUAACAGAAGAACCACUUAUUGAAAAAAAAUAUAUGUUGAGUAUGUGAUUUCUUUAAGAUGACAUUAUACUCACAUGUUCUGUCACAGUACAACUACGUGAGAUUAUAAUUAUAAAAUUAAAAGAGGAUAUUAUUUCAGAGGGUAAGACAAUGUGUUUCUUUUUUAAAUUUUACAGUCAUUUAAAAAUGAUGAAUUAGUUUUUAUUUCUAAAGUAUGUAUUGAAUAUUGUAUCAAGAAUAAUGAUUAGAAAAAUAGGAAAAGUGCUACCAUCUUGCUAUCCGGAAUAUUGUCCUAAUUUAAUUUUAUAAUAAAUAAUUUUAUUCUAAAACCAAAAUUAAGUGAGUUCUAAGAAAGAUGUAGAUUUUGCUAGAUUGCUCGUUAAUUGAACUGAGACAACACAUGCAAGUAUAUGUGUCUUUAAAUUAAUAUUUUUACUAAUUUAAUGAGUGUUUUUAGGUUAAAAUUAUGUAGAUAAAACAUUAGGUUUUCAUCUUAAGAAUUAUAAUCACCCUAGAUUCUAGGUUUAAGAUUGCAUCCAGUUACUUAGCAUGGAACUUGACUGCUGUUUUGUUUUUUUAAGCUUUUCAAGUUUUUUUUCGUGUGUCACCGAUUGAAUAUUCACUAGUAAACUAGGUAUGUUUUGUAUUAAAGUGUCUCUCCAAAUUUAACUUUUUAUUGUGCUCCAGCUUUUCGUGACAAAUGAGGCAAGUCGGAAGGCCAUCUGUGUUGCAUAUGAACGCAAAGAACUCCGUUCAAUCCUGAUGAAAUUCUCUAUUUUCUUCAGUUCUUUUCCAUUUUUUAUUAGAUGCCAUGAUGACGCUGAAAUAAUGAUUUUUUUAAUUAAAUUGUAUUGUAUUUUAUUAUAUUACAUGUGUACACACCUUUCAAAAAAUAAUUUGUUUCUAAAUAGUCUUCUUCUCUACAUUAAAACAAUGAGCGAAAAAAUAAAAUAUAGUGAAGAUACAGCCAAAAACCAGAAAAUUAAAUUAACACGCACAUGCAAUGUAAUGUCUGCGCUGUAUAUGGAUGACUGAUGUCAAUUCGUAGAACAAAAUAAGUCCUAAAAUGAUAUCGUAUUAUUUUGGACUUUGUUCACAUUGUUAACUUGGUGUGACAGCGUAUGACUAAUUAGUUGUAGAUAGCGCCAAGAUUAUAUUAGACUCUAUAAUAAACAUUUUACAACAUUUUAGAUGAUAGAUUGUACUCCAUGCAGGCACUAUCAAAUUAUUUUUGUUAUAUAUUAUUUCAUAUUUUUAAAAGCAACAAUAUACUUUUUUUUAUAUUAUAAAAUAUUAUUUUUGAAUUAAAAUAUUAAUUUUUGUGUGUGUAGCUGGAGAGCCACAACUUUAGACCGAAAGAGCCACAUGUGGCUCGCGACCUCUGGCCUAGAACUAUUCCAAAUACAAUUAGUUUUACACCUAGAUGACCAGAUGGUUUAUCUAAAGUAAGUUUUCUUUGUGACUUAUUUGAUUAUUACAAUUAAUUAGUCUAUUCCUACUUAAUAGGUUAUUUGUGGUGAAAAAUAUGAAAAAAAUUGUUUUGAGCGGUAUAACCCAGUUACUAGCAGUUGGUAGGUGACAGAUGAUAGAUGGUCCAGGUCAAAAAUGAGUACAGUGUUUGGGAAAAAAUAUUUCAUUAUUUAAAGAUGAUCCUACAUUUGCUGUGGGUAGCUAUGAUAUUUCACUUGCAACAAAUAAAAUUAAUAUUUUUUUACAAUUAAAUAAAUUAAUGAUGUCUUAUAUUACAAGAUUGAUGUAUAUGAUGGAACAUUUUUUUUUAAAGGGCAUUGAAGUUUUUGACUGAAACUCAUAUGAAUUAUCUCAAGUAUGUGUCAUUGGGAAGAUUUUACUUUUUUUUUUUACUAUGGUAUUAGCUUUACAUUUUAACUAAUUAUGACUAUUAAUAUUGAUUAAAAUUUGUAUCUAUUGAUUAUUUUUAAAUUGUUUAAAUUAAUACACAUUUUUAUAUGGUUAUGUAAACAUUAUAGUAUCUGUUUUAUACAAUGUUAUGUAAAUCACUGUUCUAAGUAUAUUUCACUAUGAAAACAAAAUAUAUUUUAAUAAAUUAUAAACCACCUGCUAUAGUACAAAUUAACCACCUCAGGAAUAUAUAACAAUAUAGAAUGUAAACAAUUAGUAUUGUGUUCUUAUUAUUAUUCAAAAAAAAAAAAAGAUAACAAAAAAUUAUAAUUAAAGAUGUCAUUAUGUAAUGACAAUUACUGAAUUGGUUUUAAUAAAAUUUCCAUGACCAUUAAAAUAUAUAGAGAUAUAAAUAUUAAAAUAAAAAAUAUUCCUAUAAAUAUAACUAUUUCCAAUAUUCAAUUAAAUCUAAAAUAAUAAUGAAAGGUGAAAAUUAAAUUUGUAUCAACAUUUCUAUUUAUUAUUAAUGGGUUAAUUAAUCCUGUAUGUUUAACUAUAAAUAUUAAAAUAAUAAAUUGAACUAAAAACAGAUAGUGUUGCAGUUAUUUAAAGUUAAUUCUUUUGUUGAGUUAAAUUUAACUAUGAAAUAAGAUGUCAAUUACUUUGAUAUAAGUUGUUUUUUUAACUAGUUUCAAAUAUUUAAAUUAUUACUAUACAGUUAAUAACAGUAUGUCAUCUGAAGCUUAAAAUAGUAAAAGAAUAAUGUUUAAUUACUUUUAGAUAUUACAUCAUUAUAGAUAAUUAAAUUUGUCUUUUAAAACAAACAUUUUAUAAAUAUUUAUAAAAUUCAAAAUAACAAGAAAACUUAUAUUUUAUAAUGUAUUAUACAUUUUUAUUUAGUUAUGAGAUAAGACAUAAAUUUAGUUAAUAGGA